GGAGAGACGAGCUCUUGUGCUGUGGAGGAAGCCGCUGACGGCGGACACCGUGGUCAUGAUCCUGUUUACGGAAAUGACGACGUGACGCUCCUGCUGGGUUUUUCUUUUUCCCGCAUCGCGUGAAUCACGUGUUUAAAUCGGAACGCGCCCGUUUUUUUGCGUUUCUCCCUACGUUAUUAAUCAGGUGUGUAUUUGGUGAACGCGCACCUGCCCUGUGCUGCCCUGUGCUGCCCUGUUCGCGGUGUCAUGAUGUGCACACCUGCCCUCGUGCUGCUGCUCCUCGGCUGCUGCUGCUGCUGCUCCAGCGGCUCUGCUCACGGAGCUCCUGCCGCCGCGGCAUCGUUAGAUUUCGGCUCGGUGCCUGGAGGAGUUUAUGAAACCGUCGCGUAUUACGAGCCCGGGCCGAUCGGCCUGCUGUUCAACAUGAUGCGCGCUUUUCUACACGUGGUCCAGCCGAACCCGUUCCCUAAAGAUCUCGUCAUCCAAGUGGCAAAAGACAAAUUCGGAGCCAUCAAGUCUGAGUACCAGAAGCCAGAGAACAUUGUUCUGACACUGCAGGUGAGUUACUAUGAGCUGGGCUUUGUGGUGUGUGCGGUCAUGGGGAUUCUCUUCAUCGUGCUCGUGCCGCUGAUCGGAUUGCUCUUCUGCAUGUGCCGCUGCUGCGAUAACUGUGGAGGAGAGAUGCACCAGAGACAAAGGAAAAAUGCAGACUGUCAGAGAGGAUUGCUUACCACGCUCUUGCUCACCACCACCUUCAUCAUCACUGCUGGGGUUCUGUGUGCAUAUGCAGCCAAUCAGAACCUGAGUUCUCAGUUGAAGACCAUGAGGAGGCUCGUCAACACUAACUUGAAAGACCUGUACACCUUUGCUAAUAACACACCACUGCAAAUAGAUCACUUGGUCUCACAAUAUGGAACAGCCAAGAACCAGGUGCUCUGUGAUCUAGACAAUAUAGGUCAGUUGUUGGGUGGAAGGAUACAUGAAGAGCUGGGAAAAGUGGUGCUACCUGCUCUGGAUGAGGCACAGAACAUGGCUGGAGUGAUUCAGGACACGAAGGAGGCUUUGGAAAAUGUGACCGUGACGUUGGGGGUUCUGCAGGAGGGCACAGCGCAGCUACAGUCUAACCUGAGCAAGGUGCGAAUGGAAAUCUCGAAUACCCUCGACGACCCGAUGUGCACCAGUUCCCACACACAAAUCUGCGUCAACAUCCUCAGCUCGCUCAGCCAACUGGAGAUCGGUGCGAACUACUCAGCGCUGCCUGGUGUGAGUGAGCAGCAGGACAAAGUGAACGAAGUUUUGAAGACCAACCUCAGCCAAAUAGUUCACAAGGGCUAUUUAGCCUUCAAUGACACCCCAACUAUUGUAACAAACCAGACCAAAAAUGUAGCUGAAGGGGUCCGAAGUUUGUUGGACGCCGUUGGCAAUAACAUCACCAGAUUCUCCAAGCUGUUCCCGGUGCAAACUACAGUCGACAACGUCACCAUUUGGAUCAGACACACACACUCACAGAUCGAGGAUCUGUACCCAGAGAUCGACAAAAUUGACUUUUAUAGGUGGAUUGGAUGCAUCACACUGUGCUGCAUGGUGGCACUUAUCUUAGCCUUCAACUUCCUGGGUCUUCUGUGUGGAAUCCUGGGAUUUGACAGACAUGCCUCUCCUACAACUCGUGGCUGUGUGUCUAACACCGGAGGCAACCUGCUGAUGGCUGGUGUGGGCUUCAGCUUCAUGUUUUCCUGGGUGCUCAUGGGGGUGGUGACGUUGACGUUUGUGGUGGGAGGGAAUGUGGAGAAGCUGGUGUGUGAACCUUUCCAUUCCAGAGAGCUGUUCAAGGUGUUGGACACACCAAAUCUGGUGAAUCCUUCAUGGAAGCAUUUCAUCCCUGGUUACCUGUUUAACAACCCAGAAAUGGAUCUCACUGUGGAAAAUCUUUACAGUAACUGUAAGGAGAACCAUGGUAUAUAUUCGGCCCUCCACCUGGAUAAAGUGUUCAACAUGUCAGCCUUGCUCAACACCAGCUUGUACACUAAGGAUGUGUCAAAGAAGUUUGGCGACGUGAAGGUGGAUUUGAAGACGAUCGUCCUGCUGAGCGCGGAAGGCAAACAGAACCUCAUCAGCUUCACAGAGACUAAGAUUAACAAUAUCGACUUUGCAGCGUAUAUAGAAGAGCUCAGUAAAGAAGUGACUCGUGUCGACUUGCUGUUAUUCGCUAAUGACCUGGAUGCUCAAGCUGAUCAGCUGCCUAAAGGAUCUGUACAGACUUCAGUCAAGAGCCACGCUUACACACUGCGACAGAUCUACACCAAGCAGGUCAUCACUCUGAAGCAGUCCAUGAACAAGAUGAACCAGAGCAUCAGGUUUCUGGAAAGGACCGCAACAGAUUUAUCAUACAAAAUAAAUGAUGUACUUCAACUCGUCGAUGCGGCGCAGUAUCUCAUCUCACAGAACGUGACUUUUACCAUCAAUCAGGAAAGUGAAAAAUACAAGCAGACCAUCAUCGGCUACUUCAAACAGUACAUCGAAUGGAUAAAGACAGCACUGAUGAUGGACGUGGCCACGUGCAAACCUUUUAGUAACAUCGUAGACACUGCAGAGAUUCUGGCUUGCAGCUUCUUCUUUGAUUCGAUGAAUACGUUCUGGUUCGGUUUGGGCUGCUCUGCUCUCUUUCUGCUGCCCAGCAUCAUCCUGUCUGUGAGACUGGCCAAGUUCUACCGCAGAAUGGACACCGAGGACGUCUACGAUGACAUUGACACAAUUCCCAUGAAAACUAUGGAAAUUGGUAAUAAUGGUUAUUAUAAUGAACAUAUACAAGGUAUCCAAAACCCUGUAAUGUCCAGCCUCCCCGCCUAUGACACUAUGACUCGAUUCCCACGAGCCUCUGCACCCCCUCGCCAUGGCGACUGGUGACACCAAGGAGGAACCUUUUUUUUUUUUUUCUUCUUCUCAGUACUCCACAAAGUGCUGCAAGAAACUGACUGAAACUCUAGACUACUCAACACAUGAACAGCAUUCCCAGUUUAGAGCGGGGGAUCAGAAAAGGACGCCUAGACACAACAACAACAACUUGGACUUCAACUCCACUUUCCACUCUUCACUGAGUUUCCAGUUUAUUAGUAACUAAUAAACUAGCAACUCCAACACCUGAACAUUUAAGAACUUUACCUAGAUUUUCUUCUGGCUUGAGACUUUUCACCGGCAUCACAUCAGACCAUAACAGCAACGUAGACUUGGGGUCAGGGACAUAAACAACAUACAACAUCCAGCCACUAUAUACAGUAGAUACACAAAUCCUUGUUUACAGUCAUUGUGCAGUCAGGUAUUUUUGUACUAUUUCGACAUUCAUUCAUAGAUUCAAUUUCAAUCUCCUGAACGUACCUCAGCAGCUUGUCUGAGGAAGGAUUUUUAUGUAUAAGGCAUUAAGUACCUUCAGCAUAAAUCUGCUGUUUAAAGGGACCAUUUCAUUUAUGAGCCAACAACCUUAUAUGUAUAUGUAUAUAAAUACAUGCUUGUAAAUGUGCUAAUACUGUCGUGAUAAUGCAAUAUGGGAUUGCUGUUGAGCCAUGCAGAGGCUGAAUGAAAUGUUGCCUUUAUGUUAAUGGUAUAGAUAACGUCACCCUGAAAUCGUGUGUACGAUAAUGUUCUUAGGCGGACAAAAUGCCCGUUCUUGAAAUGUUCAAGAUACACCAUCUCUAACAUUUUAGAGGAAAUAACAAUGUGGCAGUUUUAAUGUAAUUUAGUUUCUUUGAAAGAGCAUUUUUAAAGCACUGCCCUCUUUAAAAUACUAACCAAACAAAAUCUCAUGAGCUGGAGUUUGUAGGCGUAGAUAAAGAAAUUUCCACAUUAAAAAAAAAAAAAUUACUGAUGCCAAAUCCUAUUUUUGUAGAUCUCAGGUCUCUUAGAUAUUAUAAAUCAUGUUGUGUGGGUUUUUUGGCAAUUUCAAAUGAUCACUGACAAACUAUCAAAGUGUGAAUGUAAAAUGUCACUGUAAAAAAAAAAAAAAAAGAAAGAAAUACAAAAAAUGCCUGUGUAAUCUUUUGUGGUAACAGAAUCAAAUUUAUUUCACUGCUUGUUUGUUGCUAGGCCUUCAUAUUCCUGUAUGUGAUAAUAAUAACAAUAAUAAUAAUGUCAGGUGCUAGAUAUUUUUUGAUCAUAACUGUUCUUUCUGUGGGAAUUAUAUAUGAUAUGACAGUGUUAUACAGGCCUUGAAUAAAAUGUUUUCGUACACCCCACUUAAGGUCCCCAGAA